AUGGCCUGUAGUCGUUUCAAUCAUCAAGCAUCAUUGCUGACAAAUGGAACAGUCCUAAUCACUGGUGGAUUCGGUUUUUGCUCCUCAGGUAUAUCCGCAAAGACGAGUGAGCUGUAUGAUCCGAUAGCAGAUGCGUGGAUAAAAACAAAUAACAUGAAUAUUGAUCGCUAUGAUCAUACAGCAACUGUGCUGCACGAUGGAAAAGUGCUGGUAACUGGUGGACGUGAUCUAGGCGUAUCAAUCUGGAACUCUACUGAAUUGUUCAACCCAUUGACGAAUCAAUGGACCACAAUACAUAGUAUGAGCACCCCACGCUAUGCUCAUUCAGCGACUUUAUUACCAAAUGGAAGAGUCUUAGUCGUUGGCGGAUACUCCGAUUACUCUUUAAACACUGCUGAACUGUACAAUCCAUCAACCGACACUUGGGCGGUCACUGGUAAUAUGAAAAAUCAACGCUCUUAUCAUACAACAUCUUUACUAACUAGUGGAAAAGUCUUGGUUGUUGGCGGAUCUUUCGGCCCUCAUGCUGACAUCACAGAAGUAUACCAGUGCGAUGACACUAGACGAAGCGCUCUCGUAAAUAAUGCAUGUGAAGGAAAUGAGAAGUUCUAUUUCUAA